GCCGGGCCGGGCGGGUGCUGCCGGCCCAGGCAGGGUGCUGGGCAGCGCGGAGAGCUGCGGACGGGCGGCAUGGCGCAGCAGGCGAGCGGGACCGUGGCCGUCAUCCGGCUUUGCAACCCGCCGGUCAACGCGCUCAGUUUGACAGUUCUCCAGGCCUUAGAGGAUGGACUGAGGAGAGCAGAGGCAGAUCCUUCGGUGAAAGCUGCUGUGAUUUGUGGUGAAAAUGGGCAGUUCAGUGCAGGAGCUGACAUUCGAGAGUUUUCAUCUCCCAGGAGGCAGGGCCUUGCCCUGGGCCCUGUGGUCUCUCUGAUCGAAAGCAGCAGGAAGCCUGUGGUGGCUGCCAUUGAGGGCUUUGCCUUGGGAGGAGGCCUGGAGGUGGCACUUGGCUGUCACUAUCGCAUUGCACAUGUGAAGGCACGGAUGGGUUUGCCAGAGGUCACCAUUGGGUUACUUCCAGCUGCUGAAGGCACUCAGCGACUGCCUAGACUGAUUGGGGUCCCAGCUGCUUUGGAGAUGAUCACUACAGGAAGACACAUUCCAGCAGCUGAAGCUCUGAAGCUGGGCUUGAUUGAUGAAGCUGUGGAAGAAAACACAGUUGAGGCAGCGAUUGACUUGGCAAAGAAAGUGAUUGGCCAGCCCCUGGGACCCCGCAGGCUCAGCCAAAAGCCGGUUCCAAAACUGCCCAAUAUGGAAGCGUUCCUGAGCGAUGCUCUUGUGAAGCUGAAGAAGCAGGCCCGCGGGUGCCUGGCUCCGGAGCUGUGCUUCCAGGCGGUCCGAGCCUGCACCCAGCAGCCCUUCGCAGCCGGCGUGCGCCGGGAGCGGGAGCUGUUCGGGGUGCUGCUGGGCUCGGGCCAGGCCCAGGCUCUGCAGUACCUCUUCUUUGCCGAGAGAGCCAUGCACAGGUGGGCCACAGCCACGGGAGCGUCCUGGCAGCGAGCGGCCCCCCAGCCCGUCCGCACCGCCGCUGUCAUAGGGCUGGGCACGAUGGGCCGAGGCAUUGUCACAUCUCUGGUUAAGGCCAGGAUACCUGUGGUGGCCCUGGAGCAGGAUGGGGAGUGUCUGAGCGCGGGAAGGAGAGCUGUGAUGGCCCUUUUGGAGCGUGAGGCUGCAAAAACGGAGCAGGGUGCCCCAGCCCUGGAUUUCCGUGGCCCCGGGCGCCUGCGGUUCGCUGUGGACUUGGCUGCGCUAGCGGAUGUGGAUGUGGUCAUCGAGGCUGUGUUCGAGGACAUGCAGCUGAAGAAGGAAAUAUUCCGCAAGCUGUCCAAGGUCUGCAAGCCAGGGGCCUUGUUGUGCACCAACACCUCAGCCCUGAGCAUCGAUGAGAUAGCUUCUGCCACCAGCCGCCCACAGCAGGUCCUUGGCACCCACUUCUUCUCCCCUGCCCACGUCAUGAGGCUGGUAGAAAUCAUCUACGGCUGGCACACGGCCCCCAGCGCCAUCGCCACGGCCGUGCAGCUGGCCAAGACGCUGCACAAAGUCGGGGUGGUGGUGGGGAACUGCUUCGGGUUCGUGGGGAACAGGAUGAUGUUCCCCUAUCUGCAGCAGGCAGUUUUCCUCCUGGAGGAGGGCAGCAGAGCAGAAGCGGUGGACCAGGUGCUGGAAGAUUUCGGGUUUAAGAUAGGGCCCUUCCGCAUGUCUGACCUGGCAGGGCUGGAUGUGGGCUGGAGGUCUCGGAAGGGCCAGGGCCUGACCGGGGCCUCGCUUCCCGCAGGGACUCCCCCGCGGCAGCGGCAGGGCCGCCGCUACAGCCCCCUGCCAGACCUGCUGUGCGAGCAGGGCCGCUUUGGCCAGAAGGCUGGCAGGGGCUGGUACCUGUACGAGCGGGCCGGGGGCAGGGUGGCCAGGCCAGACCCUUGGCUGCACAGCUUCCUGUGCCACUACAGGGAUGCCCACGGCAUCCGGCCCCGCGCCAUCGGCCCGGAGGAGAUCCUGGAGCGCUGCCUCUUGGCCCUCAUCAACGAGGGCUUCGCCAUCCUGGCCGAGGGCAUCGCAGCGGGCCCGGAGCACCUGGACGUCAUCUACACCAAUGGCUACGGGUGGCCGAGGCACAGGGGCGGCCCCAUGUUCUACGCCUCCACCCUGGGGCUGCCUCACGUCCUGGCCCAGCUGCAGAAGUACUCUGAGGCCCACCCUGACAGCCCCGAGCUCCGGCCCAGCGCCUGGCUGCAGAGGCUGGUAGCCAUGGGCAGCCCUCCCCUCCAGGAGUGGAUGUCCUGCCUUGGCCAGCAUGGCAGCAAGCUGUGAUGCCCUGGUGCCCGCUGUGGAGGCUGAGCUGCUGACGCAAGAGCUGAAACUGCACUGCCCUUCCAGCGGACCCAGAGUGCCACAGGCUCUCAAACGAUGUCAUGGGCCCUGGCCCGCGCACGCAAUGGCUGUGGCCACUGAUCGGCCUCAGUCCUUCUCGCUGUGGUAACCGCUGCCAGCACCUGCCCUCCCUUCUCACCACCUGCCCUCCCUUCUCACCACCUGCCCUCCCUUCUCACCACUUGCCCUCCCUUCUCACCGCCUGCCCUUCCCUCUCACCGCCUGCCCUCCCUCUCACCGCCUGCCCUUCCCUCUCACCGCCUGCCCUUCCCUCUCACCGCCUGCCCUUCCUUCUCAUCGCCUGCCUCCCUCUUCACCACCUGCCCUGCACGCAGCUGUCUGAAGGCCCUCCUUAUCCUGCUGUGCCUUCAGGUGCUCACAGCUGUGCCUCCAGCCUGUCCUUGUUGGGAGCAGGGAGCAGCAUUCACAGCCCAUGCGGCAAGUCGUGGUGGGAGGCAGGAGAGUGGUGCUCACAACUCACUCGGCACCAGCUGCAUCUACCAGAGCCUGCCUUAAAUCUCUUGCCCAGCUUGCUCAGGUCUGUCCUGUGUCCCCACUGGGCUCCCCAGCUCUCCUGAAGACAGCCAGCUGCUGCCUGCUCCCUUCCUGCUGUGAUGACACAAAGGGCACAGCUGCUCUCAGAGGGGAGGUGCAGUGAACUGCAGUGAGCUGGGGCAGGGGCAGCCCCAGGAUUCCAGCAAUGACAGGAAAGCCACAAACACAUCGACCUGCAUCCUCCCUUGUCCUUUUCCCCUCCCAGCUUUAUGUGAGCAGAAACGUCUUCUGCUGCACCUAACUGUGGGCAGUGUUGCCCUCACUGCCACUGUUUGCCUGCCUGCUGCUAGCAGGCGCUGGGGUCAGCCUGCUCCAACCGAAACACAGCCUGCCCUUGCUGGGUGUGCACACAGGCAGAGGCAGGCUGAGGAGAGCAGGGGUCAAGAGCAGGAACCUCACUGCAGGCAGGCUGGAGGGUGGCAGAUUUCUAGCUGAAAGCAGGGGAAAAGUGAGCCGAAGUUGUUCCAGGCUUGAUGUCUUGGGUCAAAGUCUGCCAUUUCUUGUGUCUGAGUGUCUCUUCCAGGACGGUGUGGGGAUUCCCUUCCCAGGGACAUCCAAUGCUUAACUUUUGCCUUUUAAUAAACCUGCUUUGCUUGUCCAGUGCCAGGUGCUGUGGGACCAUCGGGAUGGCAGGAAACAGGCCUGCUGCUGCCUGUUUUUUCUCCGUGGCUCAUCUGCACAGUGGAAUUAAAUAAUUGCCUUGUUGUGGAGGA